GUCUCCAACCACUAUAUUAAUUCCAACCAGUCUUCCUUCCUUCUUCUUUUUAGACUUAUAUACCUUCCUUUCAUCUUUCACAAAACAGAGAACCCUAGAUUUUCACAGCUUUUUCAUUACUCUCUGAAUCGAACACAGCAAUCGGAGCAGCUAUGGCUCAGUUGAAACUCAUCACCGCCCUCCUCGUCUCCUUCUGCGUUCUUCUACCGUUGACUCACGCCGUUAGCAAGGACGUUAGCUACUGCGAUAAGAAUGCUGACUAUGCUGUCAAGGUAACCGGGCUUGACAUCAAUCCUUACCCUAUCGCCCGGGGCAAGCCUGCCAGCUUCAACAUUGCUGCGACUACAGGUGAAUCAAUCACCGGAGGGAAAUUGGUGAUUGACGUGUCAUACUUUGGGUGGCACAUCCACAGUGAGAACCAUGACCUUUGCUCGGAAACAUCUUGCCCUGUUUCAGUUGGUGAUUUCGUGGUUGCCCACUCACAAGAAUUACCUGGAUAUACUCCACCUGGUUCUUACUCUCUUAAAAUGAAGAUGUAUGAUGCAAACAAGCAGGAACUGACAUGCAUAGCCUUCGAUUUUGACAUUGGGUUUGCAGCUUCUGUGGCUGAUAGUUAAGUGCUUCAAAUGUUGGUUAUUUGGUACUUCUAUCAUACUUCAUAGCCUGUAAGAAUGAUCCUUGUCGCUGUCCGUUCUAUGUUUAUACUUCAACUUUGCUGUAUUUUGUGAUGUGUAUAUUAUAAUCAAUCCAUCCACUUGUUGAGACUAUUAAAACUGAAUGGAACAGAAAACUU